UAGUGUCGUGAUCCUCUAUCUCCCAUGUGACCAACUGGAAGUCCGUUGUUUUGCUUUUUGUUGUUGUGCUUCAGUACCUAAGUGACUGAGUUUAAAUAUCUUCUGUUUAUUAUCAAUUCUUGUUGUCGGGUGUACUGUUAGAGCUUUGUGCACAAUGGGGGAGAGUCCCGGCAGUCCAUCCAAACAAGAAGAUGGAGAACUGUCCAACGACGGCGAUCUAAGCGAUCUGUUUGUGGUGGACAGCACGCCCACAGAUGCCAACGACCACAUAGAUGUACCGGUCUAUGAUAAGAAAUUCAGGGAAGUUCUUGAUGAAAAGAAAGAUGGCCCAGCUAUUUCUAAACCGAAGCGUCCCCAACCACCUCAAAGUACCUGUUGGAACUGUGGUGCAGACCACUCUCUUCGCGAUUGCACAGAACCUAAAAACUAUGAUGCCAUUAACCGCAAUCGUUUACUUUUUAGGAGUAAGCAAGCUGCUCGUACAGGGAAAUCAAACAACCGCUACCAUUUGGAUGAUGAACAAAAAUUUGCUCAUUUUCGGCCGGGUAAAAUAAGUCGACAGCUCCAGAGGGCUCUUGGUUUGGAAGCAAACCAGCUUCCACGACAUGUGUAUCGUAUGCGUGUCCUUGGGUAUCCUCCAGGAUGGGUCGAAGAAGCCAGAGUUUCACAUUCAGGCUUGUCUCUAUUCAAUUCUGAUGGGCAAGAGGUGGCUGACCCAGAGGAUGAAGAUGGAGAAAUCGUUAUGGAAGGUGCUAGAGACAAAUAUGACAUAAAGCAGAUAGUUGAAUACCCAGGAUUUAACUGUCCUUGUGGUCCUGAUAUUAUUGAUGAGACAGACAGAUUGAACAGUAGACCAAUGGCUGAAAAAGACAGUAUUAAAUUCAUGAAAAAAAUGUGGGGGAAGAAGGCUGUGAAAGCUUACAAGAGGAGGAAAAUGAAUUCUUCAGAUACUGUUGCAACUCCAUCAUGUGAUAAAAAGCAGUCUCAAUCAGAGGAUGUUGAACCGGACUCAGAUGAUGCUGCCUCUAGCGGUGAAGACAAUGAAACUGAAAUAAAAGCACCAUCAACAACAGAAGCCCAGUCAACAACUAAGAGUGAGAAGCGAAAAGGAUCUCAGUCACCUUGUUCAGAAGGUACUAAAAAGCAGAAACUUGAAGAUUCAAGUGUCUCAGAGAAGAGUGUUGAACCCAGUGAGAAGAGUAGCACAGGUAGUGUGUCUGUGACAAACACUCCGAAAGUUGGAAAAGUAACAUCAGUCACAUUUGGAACUCCUGUCAUAGUUACCUCUGAAUAUACCAGCCUGCCCUCAGCUGAAAAGUUUUCCAAAAAUAUUUGUGAUGUUAUCAACUUUGAAAAUUUACCAGAUUCAACAGGGAAGUAUGAAAAGAUGUCAGGGUUGCUCCAGAAAGUGCGAUCUUUUAGAUCAAGAUUAGAGUCACAGUCAGAUGAAAGUGAAGAGGAUGAAGAGGAUGGAGAAGAUAAUUAGCUAGGCUAUGGGGAUUUUGAUUUGUACUUCCAAAACGAAAUGUAGAGUUUUCUUGAGAAAAACAUUCACUAGAUCUCUUUAUUUGAAUUUACUGCUAUAGUCCUGUUUUUGAAAAUUUUGACAUACGUAAAUAUAUAAACGUUUCGAAAAUA